GCGAUUGGAGUGGCCAAAACGAGGAUCCCGACGCGUGCUGAGCUUCAGGAGAUGGCUGUUUCCAAGCGCUUGGUGGACUUUGUUCGGGCCAAGAAGUGGCCUUCCAUCCUCUCUCCAGCUUGGGAGGGCCAGCGUUGGAGGAAGCUGCUGGAAGAGGUCGCCAAGGGCGCUUUGUCCGAGGCAGCCUUAGUGGACGAGGUGGUGCAGAAGCUGCGGAGGCAAGUUUCCGGAGAGAAGCUCACGAACUCGCGGCUUCAAAGAGCACAACGCCUGGCUGAUGAGAAAGAGCGCAUGCGACGUGAGGCGGAGCGUGUCAAGGCAGCGAAGUCGCAACACGCAGCCUUCCAAGCGACAUGGCAGGUACCAGGCUGUACAUGUGGCCAUCCGAUCCACACCGAGCGGUGCAAGCUGUUUCGUCCUCAUGCUGCCGAGACGGCCACGGCCGGUCCAAGUCGGCCUCCCGGUCAGCAGGAGCAGCAUGCAAAUGCAGAGCCGCAGCCACCACCAUCUCUGCCGAGCCCCAUGUCGCAGUGGGCACAGAAGGAGGUCUCCCGGCUCGCCGCUGAGAUUGCUUCCCAGCCGGCCCUCGAGCAGAAAGUGCUCUGGAAGAAGGCGAUGCUGAGGUACCAUCCUGACAAGCGGCAGAUGCAGUCCGAGCUUGGUGCAGCCACGGCCACGGACAGGCAGCUCGCAGAGGUCCUCAUGGAAGUGAAGCGGCGGUAUGAGUCCUUGUAG